UUACACGUGUUGGACGUCUCUUCGCGCAACUCCGUGAGUUGCAGAGUACGCACGCACAUCGUCAGGCGUCAACAUAACUGCGCAAUCGUGUACGACCUUCCGCCGAACUUGGAACCACGCGUGUGUCUUGACAGUCGUGUGUUUGGCGGGAAGCGUUCUCCUUUGGAUUUUAUACAGCAACGGAGUCAAUUUGGUGAUUCCACAUCGUGCCAGCGAGCAGCAUAUUGGUGCUUUCGGGCCGUGUGCAAUACGUUUUCCGUGAAAUUUUCUUCCGUUGGAUAAUGGACCGAAUGUGAUAUCUUUGUUGUGCGUUAUCGUACACGAACGUGAUAAUUACGACGUCGGCCGAACGUAAUAGACAGGAAAUUUUAAAUUUGAACAACAUCGUCACAUUCUUCGCGGGAACACGUCGAAACACGCUCUCCGUCUCUUUGGGAGGCUCACGCGCAAGUGCGUGCGACGUUGCCGAUUCUAUCCUCCCGCAGGCUAUAGUGACGAAUUCAUGAGAAAAGAAAAGGGAGAGAUCGAGAACGGAUUCCGUCGUCAAUUUCUGGACAUUAUUUCGAUUAAUUCGACGGCCGGGCCGUGUAUCGGACUCUCAGGAAAUAUGAGAUAGCCGUGUUGCUGUUUUGAUAUCCUGCGUCUCGCUUGCUCGUGAUACGCAGUAUUGUGUUUACCGUGUUGCCAAACUUUGUUAGUGGUCGUGCACGUUUCUACGGUGGAAAUACAGUCUCGUUGCGUCGAUAAUCCGUCGAUUCGCGGAUGUGUGCUGGCGAAAAUCAUUUUUGCGGAUUAUUUCGUGCGCCCAUGGACGAGUCAACGAUCAGCGUAGUCGCGAGGUGACGCUGAGCACGGCCAUUAUUCGAAAUUCGGUGGGUCGCGCCACGACAACGUUGCCACGUCUUGGCGAGCCGCGAGUAUUUCAACGUUCCGUGGACGAUUCCUGGAAGAAUCAUCUUCGUAAAUGGGACGUGUGUGAACGCAACGAACCGAUGCAAAAACGGACGAUUAUUAACUUAGUGGUGUGCGCGUGUUGAAGUUCGGAGAGAGUGGUGCUGGCCAGGUGCCGGAUCACGUUCUGGGAUCAGAGACAGAGAGGAACCGUGACCGCAAAAAAAGAAACAGAAGCUGUUUCUUCGUGUGACCGUAGUUAAAUAUUGGUAACCGUGCGAGGGGAACGGCGACGUUGUCGGCGCGAAAGACUGACGAAAUAUGAGCGCACGAGUGUUGAAUCCGGUGAUGAUGACGGAAAUGAGUAGGAAUUUGGGUGGAGGACGAGCGGUGCCCAGCAGAGCAGCCCUUGCCCGUGUUCGAAGAGACCUGUUCGGACCUGUCGAUCAUGCCGCGGCUCGUGCAUUGGCGGAGCGGGAGCUUCGCGCUCAGUCCAUACUCGACGCUGAGAGAUGGGGAUUUGACUUUCACUUGGAGAUACCGAGGGCGAAUUCGAGGUACGAGUGGGAACUCGUCACGCCGCAAGACGUGGUCCCCGAGCCCUAUGCCCUACGCGGUAUGCCCUACUUAAGGAAACACGCGCCUAGCACGCCACGAAAGGCACGGGAGUCUUCGCCCACCACGAGAUUACUGCGUAAAGAAUCCCCGACGACUCCGAUCCUCCAGAAAUCGGAAAGGACGCCGCCGCAGGAGCCAAGAGUACCGCACAUCGGCGAGGUCACCAUGAACGAAAUAUUCGACUUCGAAUCGGACAAGAAAGUGUACAUCGUCGAACCCACCACCCCUGUUUUAUCGACCACCACCACGAGGAAACAGUCCUCCAUAACCGACUUCAUGAAGAGUCGUAAACGUAGCUUAAACGGUAGCGCGAAGAGCAUGAUAGAGCCGCCGGAGAAGAUCGCCCGUAACGCGGGUCAGAUACGCAGCUAAAGAGCCUUCCCGGCUUCCUCCUUCAGCCUCGCUGUCCUUGUUUCAUUUGUUCGCGCGAGAGAUGGACCGGAACCACGAAGCCAAGCGUUACUGCCAGGAGGAACGAAAACGGCAGAAGCAAGCUCCGACAGAGGAGGCGCGAGGUCCGUUGGCUGUGCCAUUCACGUAGAUUUAUCCGCCAUGAAUGUAGACGAAAACGGUGGGCAGAGGAGAAAAGAAACCACGAAGCAUCGCCAGUUUUCGUUACGUACGCGCAUACACUUUUCGUAGCCAUGCCACGGAAAUUGCAAAAUAGUAACAACGACGACCAUGCACGAGGAAACCGACGGAUGAAAGUACGAUACGCCACGGUUGUUGCUAUUUUUUUUUUCUAUUCUUUAUAAUUUUUUUUUUCUUUUUUUUUUAAAUACAUGUACAUGUAAUUCAUCGUGUCGUUAUCUUUUUUUUUUUUUUUUGCAUUAGGUUAAACACAGAGUAACAAUUAGGAUAUAUAUAUAGAGAGACAGACAGAGAGAGUAAUGAUUUCACGAAAUUAAUUAACGUAAUAUAUAUUUGUUUGUUCGAUUCUAAAGAAUGAAGCAAGGGAGGGUUGAAUUACGAUGACGAUGAUGGUGUCGUUGCACAGCGUACACUUUAGACGGGAGUGUAAGGAGACAAAAAAUAUAUUAAUAUUUUUAGGAUACAACACGUAAAUUUUAAGCGAAUCUUAGGUGUUAAGCGGCAAGUGCAUUGCGUUUCUGAUCGAAACAUCGGCAAACAGAGGGGCCCGUUUUAAUCCCCGGAGGCAAAAGUUGCUCCCAUUUUGAACCCUCCGCGAGUCUUCGACGACCCUUUUCAGCUUAUCGAGGACUCGCGGAUGUUCUAAUAACGUACUAAUGAAAACGAAGUUUGAUUCGCCGGACGAAAUUUCGCGGUGGUUUCGAUCGACCGAGUCCUCGAAACGAUCGCGAAAUUAUUUCUAUCUUAGGGUAUCUGAAAACGAAAAAAGAAAAAAAAAAAUUAUACAGUAAGGAAAGUGAACCUCUGUGAAACGUUCGAGAAAACAAAAGGAAACGCAAUGACGAUUUCGUGGCCGGAAGGAGAGACCAGUCUCUCGAGGACAGUAAUUUUGGAGAAAGAUAUGAUUUAGAUACGUAGCUGGUUACCCAUGUUCAAGCAUUGAUCUCCUGUACGACUUAAAGAAUGUACAGCCGAUGCCAAAUCACCCCGCGAUUUUUUUCUUAUAUCUCUUCAGAGAAGGAACCUUGAUCGUAUUCUACUCCCCGCCCUCCUCCUCUUCUUUCAUCUCUCGUUGCCCUGAUUUGCAUCAAGUAUAUUAUACAUAGAGUAUCGAAGCUUCACGAAGAUUGCAGAAUUCAGAAUUGGUAUUGCGUAUUAAACGUUCUGUAAGGUAGAAGUUAAUAGUACAAUGAUCAGUCGUGUAGUAAUCAGAAUUAUAAUUCUCAUUGAUCUGGCCGGCCGGCGCGAUGCAAUCUUCAUUUAGCUCGUCAUGAAUUUGCAUUUGUUAUCUCGUUGCAUUUUCUUGUACAAAUUGUGGCGAAGAAUCCCCCCCCUCUCCCCCCCUGAUUUUAACGUUUUACGAUCAGACCCUAGACAUUGGUGGUGCAGUGUAAAAACCGUUGAAAGUUCUCCUUGGUUUAACGAGAAAGUUCACCAUUCGUGUGGAGGUAUUAUCAGGCUGAAAUUUGCGCGAUUUCCAUUAACCCGAGCACAAACGUGUAGUGGGUUCCUUUUAGUACCAAUCGGCGAGUAGAAAUCGUUGCUUCUGGAGGUCUUUGAACGGUUAGUUUAAAUUAUGCGAGGGUGCAUCUGUAUCCGAAUGAUUUUAUAUCCUGUUAACGAAAGUACGUAGGUUCGAAGUGCCCAACGCGCUAUUUUGGAAAAGGAACCAAAGCUUCCUUCGUUACAUUUUUCAUCGUGGAUUUGGAGAUGAAUUUACGCAAAACCGUAACAUUAAUGUAAAUGUAAUUAUAUAUCUCUUUAAAUGGUAUAUUGAUUUUAUAAUGGUAGCUGUUUAUUACAAGUUUUUGUUUAUAAUAAUUUGGUUAAAGCCGUCUUCUGGAACAACCCUAUU